AUGAUAGCAAUAAGAUUAGCAUCAUUGCUACUAAUCUCUACGUAUGUUGCAGCAGAUGUUUAUGGAGUUUUUAACCUGAUUGUGUGGGUAUCAGGUAGUGAUCCUUCGUCUCCUUGGACAGUAAACAUUGGUUAUGAAAUAACGACUGAUGUCACCACUUCGGACACAUUUACCUUAACAUUUCCUUGUGUUUUCGGAUUUGUUGACACCGCACCUUUUGUGAUUAAUGAGGGACUCGAGCUUGAUUUCACUUAUUUCAAUGGUGAUAUUGCCACAGAUUAUUCUCAACUUUAUAUUUCAGUCAAAAGUUUACCUACUAUAUCUACUGGAGGAACUUUCAGUGGAUCAUUUUCCCUUUCAUUUGAUUUGAGUACAAUUGGAACAUGUGCUGGCAAUUUUGAAAGUGGUAAUGUAAUUAUAGGCUUUAUUGACGGUCCAGAUAUAAUCACUACUACUACUACUUAUGAGCCACCAGCAAUUUCCCCUCAUGAUACAUAUUAUUUCGCAGAAUUCAUUCCAAGUUAUGAUCAAUAUUUGCUAGGGAUCUCAGGUAUUUCAUAUGCAAAUGCAGCUGCAAUUGUUGUGAACUCAGAUUAUUUAGUAUAUCUCUUAGGUGGGACUUUACUGAUUCUGAUAAAUUCAGGAGCAGUUUUCAUAUGUCCCCCUGAAGGAAAUGCAGUAACAGGUUCGAAUUCAUGGAAUGCUCCUACCAUGUUUGAUCCAACUCCAUUAGCUGGUGUUAGUUGUGAAACAAAUCCAGAAAGCAUAGUUUACAAUUAUCCUGUUAAUGGUCCGUAUGUUGAUGAGAAUGUUGAUGAGAAUGUGUAUCCGUUCAUUAAAGCUUUUGUUCAGAAUGAGGAACUUCCAGUCACUGUGACCUAUAUGAAUUUCUUCAUCUAUUCUACUUCCGGUGGCGAUGUUUCAUUGACUAAUAUACUUUCUACAACUACAACAAUACAACCUACGGGUUCUACUAAUACUGCAUUUUUAACUGUUGUUACAAGUACCACUGGUUCAGUUGCUUCUUUAGCUACCAUUACUGACGAUGAUGGAUCGGUGACCCUUUAUGUUUAUGUACCUCCAUCAACUGCUUACUCCACUGCUACUUGGACAGGCAGUACUGUUUCAACCACAACCACACCAGCCAAUGCGGAUACACCUGCUACUGUUAUUUUCUAUGAGCCUAUUCCUACAUCCACCACAUAUUCCACAUGGUUAAGCUCGUUCACUCUGACAGUUGGAGAAGUAGGAGCUAAUCCAGGUGGUGAAGCCGUGGUCACUGUGGCUGUGCCUGUACCAACUACUACUUCCACCUUUACUGUUAAUACAGUAGAUUCAGCUACUACAUCAUUUUAUCCAGCGGGGCCAGGAGGUGUUGCUCUUUAUAGUGUUGACGUUCCAACUCCAACUACGACAAUCACUGUCACUUGGUCAAGUCUGACACCAAGUGCGCAGUUAAUACCUGCUACCGUUGGUGGUACAGCUACUCUUAGUACCUUCGUCCCUAUUUCUACUACCACUUCUACUGUGAUUUGGACUGGAUCAGAAACAUCGUUGAGUACUCUCUCGGCUAUUCCUGGUGAUACUGCUGUUGUAUAUGUUGAAAUUCCAGAAUCUACAACUACUGUCUAUACAAGUUGGACUGGAACUGUUACGAGUAGUUUACUUGCAACGGGUUCUGAUAGUAUUGUUACUGAUAUAAUUGAGACUCCAGCUGGUUCUACUUCUGAAAGUGGUUCUACAUCUGAAUCGGAACCUACUUCUGAUUCAGAUUCAGAUUCUGACUCCAGCUCUGAAAGUGGCUCUACAUCUGAAUCGGAACCUACUUCUGAAUCAGGCUCUACAUCUGAAAGUGGAUCUGAAAGUGGCUCUACAACUGAAUCAGGUUCUACUUCUGAAAGUGGUUCUACAUCUGAAUCGGAACCUACUUCUGAAUCAGGUUCUACGUCUGAAAGUGGUUCGACUUCUAUUUCCGGUCUGUUAAUAUUGACAAGCACUACUACUGUAAGCUCGCAAGGUAUUUCGGUAAGUUCAACUCCAACUGAAGGUGCCUUAUAUGCAUAUGACCAAAAUGGUGAUGCAUUGUUAUUAGGUGUUAAUGGUCAAAGUACAUUCCGUAAACGUGAUGAUACUGCUGUUCCAGGAGUCGAAUAUUUGAUAGUCAAUCCUAGUUCAACUACUUUAUUCUACGUACUAGAUGGGUUCCUUCAUGAUAGUGCUGGAGACACCGCAAAUGAUGAUACUGAUGCACCAUAUCUUACUUUCGGUUCCUCUGGUGGUUUGAAUGGAUUCAGUGAUACUUCUGGAAGUAUUCUGUUCUCUGGCGGUGCAUUUUAUCUUUGUCCAUUAGUAGAAGAUGGUGUAACUUACCAAGCUCUUGCAUUGAGUAAUUCUGGUUCAUGUAAUUUGACUAGUCUUAAUAUUGAACUUGGUCCUUCUUCAGGCCCAAGUUCUGGUUCAUUGAGCUCCGAGUCUGGUGAAUCUACUUCUACAUCUGGUGAAUCUACUUCAGCUUCUGGCGAAUCUACUUCUGCUUCUGGUGAAUCUACUUCUACAUCUGGAGAAUCUACUUCUACAUCUGGAGAAUCUACUUCUACAUCUGGUGAAUCUACUUCUACAUCUGGAGAAUCUACUUCUACAUCUGGCGAAUCUACUUCUACAUCUGGUGAAUCUACUUCUACAUCUGGCGAAUCUACUUCUACUGGAACAAGUGAGACCUCGACGGGAACAAGUGAGACCUCGAGUGGAACUUCUACUGAAACAAGUGGAACUACUUCAUCUACUGGAACUGGCGAAACUACUUCAGGAAGUACUACUACUACUGGUGAAACCUCUACUGGAACUGGUGAAUCUUCUUCAUCAUUAACUUUUCCAACGUUCUCACUUUCAUCGCUGACGUUUGAAUUGAGCUCAUUAUCAUCUUCAUCAUCUUUCCACUACUACGCCAAUUCCUCAGUUUCAUCCACUACAUUAUCUAGUUCAUCUUCAAGUUCUGCUUCUUCUUCAUCUUUAAGUACAACACCAAUAGAGUCAACAUCAGGAGUCACUAGUACUACUUCUUCUAGUUCUUCUAGUUCUUCUAGUUCUUCUUCUAGUUCUUCUAGUUCUUCAUCAAGUUCUUCAUCAAGUACUGCCUCAAUUAGUUCUGAAAGCACUAGUCUGUCAUCUAGUUCAAGUGAAAGUUCCUCAUCAAGUACUACUACAUUCACUUUCCAGAUUACUGCUGUAGCAGAUCCACCUAAUACAUUCACACAAUAUGUUUCAUACCAAAGUGAUAGUGUUGUAUUCGAUCCAACUAAUGGUCCAUACUAUGAAUUAGUUGUCCCAGGUGGUGAGAUUACAGCUAAUGGUAAUUAUUUACAUGCAGAUCCAUCGAGUGGGUUCUUCCUUGGUCCAGAACCAUUUGGAGGUUGGCUGUUUAUUGGAGAUCCAGUCUUAGAAUUAGAGGGUGUUGGAAAUGAAUUCUAUUUCUGUCCUGAUGAAUCUGUUCCAUUACAAAUUAAUCUGAUUGCUGCUGAUUGUAUCCGUGGUCAAUUACAUGUUUUGGAAGCAGCACCUACUUCUUCGAGCAGUUCAACUACUGGCACAGGUACUACUACUGGUACUGGUGCUACUACUGGUACUGGUGCUACUACUGGUACUGGUACAGGUACUGGAACAACUACUGGAAGUGCUAGUACAGGUUCUACUAUAACUACUGUAACUACUUCCAAUGAGAUUGUGACAGUAACCGAAUGUCCUUCUUCAGUAACUAACUGUCCUUUGAAUUCAAUUGUGACUCUCACUAUUCCACAUACUAUAACUACUACUUAUUGUCCUGAAUCAGGUGCCACUACAGGUACUGGUGCUAGUAAUGUUGUUCCUCCAAUUAUAACUUCCACUUAUAAUUCACUUGAAACUCAAACUUCAGGAGGUGUUACCAACGUUAUUACUCAUCCAGCAACCACCACUUACCAAGCACCAUCAGGAGGGUCAUAUGUUCCAAAUACUUAUACAUCACCUGAGACUGUGCAAUACACCAAUGGAAAUGGUGUUGCUACAAGUGCAGUCAUUCCACGUGUUAUUACAUCUUCCACCUAUCAAUAUCCUUCUUCUGCAACUGUUGCUCCAGGUGAAGCAGGUGCUCCAGGUCCAGCCGCAGGUGCAGCAGGUGCUCCAGGUCCAGCCGCAGGUGCAGCAGGUGCUCCAGGUACAGCCGCAGGUCCAACUGUACCGGGUGUUCAACCAACAGUAACUUCUGUUCCUGUUCCAGCUGUUCAACCAUCACUUGCUCCAUCAGGAGUUCCUUCAGUUCCACUUGCACCAAGUAGUGGUAACAGAUUACUGGUUGCCUUUAGUUCUAUAAUCAUGGCUAUUAUUCUUUCCAUUUUUGUUUAG